AUGGAGUUCGUGACCGGGUACCGGGCCGAGGUGCUGGACCUGGCGGAGCUGCUGCUGGUGAUCGGGGCCCUCAUCGGGCGCCAGGAGGGCCGCAACAUCGAGGUGAUGAACUCCUUCGAGCUGCUCUCGCACGCCGUGGACGGCCACGUCCUCAUCGACAAGGAGUACUACUACACCAAGGAGGAGCAGUUCAAGCAGGUCUUCAAGGAGCUGGAGUUCCUGGGGUGGUACACGACCGGGGGCCCCCCCGACCCCUCCGACAUCCACGUCCACAAGCAGGUGUGCGAGAUCAUCGAGAGCCCCCUCUUCCUCAAGCUGAACCCCAUGACGAAGCACACGGACCUUCCCGUCAGCGUCUUUGAGUCCGUGAUUGACAUCAUCAACGGGGAGGCCACGAUGCUCUUUGCGGAGCUGACCUACACGCUGGCCACGGAGGAGGCCGAGCGCAUCGGCGUCGACCACGUGGCCCGAAUGACGGCCACGGGCAGCGGGGAGAACUCCACAGUGGCCGAGCACCUCAUCGCCCAGCACAGCGCAUCAAGAUGCUGCACAGCGGUCAAACUCAUCCUGGAGUACGUGCGGGCGUCCGAGGCCGGUGAGUUCGGGGACGGGGGGAUGGGGGGGGUGCCCUUCAACCACGAGAUCCUGCGCGAGGCCUACGCCCUGUGCCACUGCCUGCCCGUCCUCAGCACCGACAAGUUCAAGACGGAUUUCUACGACCAAUGCAACGACGUGGGGCUCAUGGCCUACCUGGGCACCAUCACCAAGACCUGCAACACCAUGAACCAGUUCGUCAACAAGUUCAACAUCCUCUACGACCGCCAAGGCAUCGGGCGCCGCAUGCGGGGGCUCUUCUUCUAGCGGGGCGGGGGGGGAAACCCCAGCCCCCCC